AUGGGCUCUGAAAAUGAAGAGGUGAAACGUGGUAGAAGUGAUGCUGAUCUCUUGAAUAAAUCGACUACAGGUGCGUCUUUCCUAAUGUUGACUCAAUUGUUCACAAAGAUGUUGACAUUUCUAUUGAACCAGUUAUUGAUUCGGUUGAUUUCUCCUAGGGUGUUUGGAAUAUCGGCGUAUUUGGAGUUCAUUGUGUCAAUGGUGCUAUUCUUUAGUAGAGAGGGUGAAAGACUUUCAAUCCAAAGAACUAGAGAUAUUAGUUCGGAGAACGAUAAUGAUACGAAGCGUAUAACUGAUAAAUACGUCGACGGGACUCCCGUAGGCACUUUACAAAGUAUUAUUAAUUUUGGAUAUAUCCCAUUGGUGGUAGGUGGCCCGUUAUCGAUUGCGAUUCUUGUAUGGCAGUACCAGUCGCAGAAUUUUCAAGACUCCUUAUUGACGUUGCCAUAUUAUAGGGUUACCGUAUUGCUCGUGUGGUUGCUGAUGAUGCUAGAACUUGUAGCGGAACCAUUGUACGCGAUAAAUCAAUUUCAAUUGAAUUUUAGGAAAAGAUCAAAGUAUGAAAGUGUUGGUGUCUUUGGAAGAUGCAUUAUUACAUUCGCGGUAAUUGCUAUCGUGCAGAGGACUUCGAGGGCAUCAAAUUUAGAAUAUGAUGGCCUCGCGGUUGUUGCAUUUGCGGCUGGUCAAUUUGGAUAUUCGUUUUUAAUCUUCCUUCAAUACCAAUUGAACUUUGCUACGGAAAAUCAAAUAAAACCGCCAGAAGAACAGAAUUCACUUUUGAUUCGGAAGAUAAGUACCCAACUGGAAGAUAGAUACUACUAUUUUGACACAAAAAUAUUUGCUAUUUGGAGGAGUUUAUUUAUACUGAUGAUCUUCAAACACUUUUUGACAGAAGGAGACAAAUUGUUGAUCAAUUAUUUGUGCACAGUAGAGCAACAAGGUACAUAUGCGGUUGUUUGUAAUUACGGGUCCAUAAUUGCAAGGUUGGUGUUUCAGCCAAUCGAAGAAUCAUUAAGGUUACUAUUUACUAGAAUGCUUUCAACCAAGUCAAAGGAAAAUAUAAGAAAAUCUUACGAUAUUAUGCAAUACUUGGGGAUAUUCUAUUUGAAUUUGUCUUUGUUGAUUGGUAUUGCUGGAUAUUCUAAUGCGGCAUAUUUCCUCCUGAUAUUGCUAGGAGGAAAAGCAUCUAAAUGGGCCAACACAGGGAUUUUUGAUAUAUUCCCACAGUACAUUGUAUAUAUCCCGUUUUUGGCUUUUAAUGGUAUAUUGGAAGCGUUCUUCAAUAGCGUGGCCGACGGAAGUGACAUAAGGAGAUUUUCCAUAUUCAUGUCCUUGCUGACCAUCAUUGUCUUAUGUUCACUGUAUGCAUUUAUUACCCAUUUUGAGUUAGGAUUAAGUGGACUCAUCUUAGCAAACGCCUUAAACAUGGCCCUAAGAAUAGGUUACUGUUCUAUUUAUAUCAAAUCUUUUUACUCCAAAAAUGGGCUUGAAAUCGCUUACACGAAUGUUUUGAAGAGAAUUGGCGGUUCACUUGUUAUGUUUAUUAUCGUAGCAUCUUGCCAAUACGUUAUCUUAGACAAUAAUAUUAAAAGUAGUUCUAUCACAGAUGUCAUCAAAAGUGCUUGUCUAUGUUUGAUCUACCUAAUAUUUAUGAUCUACUCAGAUCGGAACAUUUUGAAGGACCCAUUCUUGGAAUUAAAGAAUAGACUUCUAGCUAAAAAGAAACCAUCUAAACAGGAUUAA